AAAAAUAAUUUAUAUUGUACAUAAAAUCAUUUAUUGUAGGCAUAUUAUGAUAAGUACCUAGAAUACUAGAUAAAAUGGUAAUACUAAUAAAAAAUAUUUAUAUGUUCAAAAAAUAUUAUGCACAUAAAGCAACAAGAUGUUUACAAAGAUUCAUAAUAAAACAUAAUAUUAGCUCUGAAUCAAGUAAUAAAGUAAUUGAAAAGGAGAAAAUCAGAAACUUUAGUAUAGUGGCACAUGUAGACCACGGAAAAAGUACUCUCGCAGACAGAUUGUUAGAACUUACCGGCGUAAUAAAACCUGGCGCCGAACAAAGUCAAGUUCUCGAUCAGCUACAGGUUGAGAGAGAAAGGGGUAUUACAGUGAAAGCAGUUACAGCAUCACUAAACUAUACAUAUGAAAAUGAAACAUAUUUAUUAAAUUUAAUAGAUACUCCUGGUCAUGUUGACUUUUCUAAUGAGGUUGUUCGCAGUAUAACAGCAUGUCAAGGUGUAAUACUUCUAGUUGAUGCUAAUGAAGGUGUACAAGCUCAAACAGUAGCAGUACAUUCAUUAGCCAAAAGAAAUAAUUUGACCAUAAUACCUACUCUGAAUAAAGUGGAUUUACCCAGAGCAAAUCCUGAUAGAGUCAAAACACAAUUGAAUUCUUUGUUUCAUAUUGAACCUGAAACAGUUCUUAGUGUAUCUGCAAAAAAAGGAUGGGGUGUAAAGGAACUAUUAGAAGCUGUUAUAAAGAGAAUUCCACCACCCCCUGUAUCAUCAGACAGCCAUUUUAGAGCCCAUAUUAUAGAUACAUGGCAUGAUAAGUAUAGGGGUGUGUUAUGUUUAGCUUAUAUUCAUUCUGGAAAUAUUCAAAUUGGGCAAUCAGUAAGAUGGAUGUCAGAUUCAAAACAACAAACAGUGAAAUAUUUAGCACUUUUGAGACCAAAAGAAGAGCCUAUAGAUGAAGCGACUGCUGGUCAGGUUGUAAUGGUGGGCUGCGGUCCUAAGGGUGGUGGGAGUGUUGGUGACCAGUUAGUGUCAAUAGAAUUUCCUACAACGGAAAUAAAUUCAAGCACCACUCCUGUGAGACACAUGGUGUAUGCGGGUGUUUUUUCUGCAGAUAAAUCUCAACAUACACUUCUCGGUGAAGCAAUCAAGAAACUCGCUCUGAAUGACUCUGCUGUCAGUGUCAAACCUGACUCCAGCCCAGCUUUAGGGCAAGGAUGGAGAGUUGGCUUUUUAGGCCUUUUACAUCUUGAUGUUUUCACUCAACGUCUUUUGCAAGAGUAUAAAGCCGAAGCUAUAUUGACUGCUCCCUCAGUACCUUAUAAAAUUAAGGUGAAAGGUGCCAAGUUGAUCAAACAUUACAAAGGAGAUGAAAUAAUUAUCACAAACCCUUUACAGUUGCCAGACCCACAUAAUAUUGCUGAGUAUUAUGAACCAUUUGUGAAAGGUACAAUAAUAACGCCCGUUGAAUACAUCGGUGCAGUAACAACUCUUUGCAUAGACAGACGAGGCAGCCCCCUCCCGUCUAGCGUAGUAGACGAAAACAAUACUAUGAUGCAAUUCAUACUGCCAUUAUCAGAAAUAGUAGUAGAUUUCCACGACACACUCAAAAGUAUAACUGCAGGAUUUGCAAGCUUCGAUUAUGAAGAUUAUGGAUUCCACAAAAGUGUAUUAGUGCGAAUGGAUAUUCUUCUAAACGGCACACUAGUAGAAGAAUUAUCUACGAUAGUACACGUUAGUCGAUUAGAGUAUAGUGCAAGACGACUUACAGAGAAACUAAAAGAAAUGAUACCUCGACAAAUGGUCCAGAUUGCUAUCCAAGCGGUAGUGUCCGGAAAGGUAUAUUCCAGGGAAACUAUAAAAGCUUACAGAAAGGAUGUUACCGCUAAAUUGUACGGAGGCGACGUCACGAGACGAAAGAAAUUGCUAAAGCAACAAGCAGAAGGAAAGAAGAAAAUGCGAAGUGUAGCUAACAUCAAAAUACCAAGGAAUACAUUCAUAGAUGUUCUGAAAAGAUAAAAUAAAAAAGUCCUAUAAUUUUGAUUUA